CUAACGAAACCUAGCCGGCGGUGGCGUGUAUUCCCUCCGGCGUGCGCAGGGCCAGGCAAGGGCACUGGACGCGGGCGUCUGAAAGAAGCCGGCUAGGAGGACCACGGGUCCACGGCUGGGCAGUGGCCGGGCGCUGCGCCUGUGCUGGGCGUGUGGGCGGCCCGUGGUGGGGCUGGCCUCGGCCGCCGGGGUCGCUAGCGGCCGGCUGCUGAGAACCGUGAACCAAUAAUUUGGCAACAAGACGCCCCUGACCCCUGUGGACGGCUCCGUUCUUUGUGACGUGGUCGCCAGUCCAGUCGGCGCUCUCAGAUGGCCCGCGGGUUAUGGCUCCUCUCCCGCGAGGUGGGGAGGCUGCGGCCGCUGCUUGAUCAGGGGCAGGCGAGGGGCAUCUCUGCCUCCGCAUAGGAGCAGCUCCAUGUCUGCGUCGUUGGCAGCGGCCCCGCUGGGUUCUACACCGCCGACAGGAUGUUGAAGGGUCAUGAUGGAGCACAGGUUGAUAUAAUUGAUAGGCUACCCACACCAUUUGGCCUAGUUCGUUCUGGAGUAGCUCCAGAUCAUCCAGAAACAAAGAUUGUGGUGAAUCAAUUUUCUCGUGUAGCUACAAAUGGGCGCUGUUCAUUCUUUGGGAAUGUAACUCUGGGAAGGGAUAUAUCUUUGUCAGAGCUUCGCAAAACAUAUCAUGCUGUUGUUCUUGCUUAUGGUGCAGAAAGUGAUAGGUCACUUGGAAUUCCUGGAGAGGACCUGAAGGGAAUUCAUUCAGCUCGAGAGUUUGUCUGGUGGUACAAUGGACAUCCAGACAUGUGCGACUUCUGUCCAGAUUUAAAAAACACAGAAUCUGCUGUUGUCCUUGGACAGGGAAAUGUUGCUCUGGAUGUUUCUCGUAUUCUUUUACGCUGUAAAGCUGAGUUGGCUACUACAGACAUUACUGAUUAUGCAUUGGAUGCUCUACGUGGCAGCACGAUAAGGAAGGUAUAUUUGGUUGGGCGACGGGGUCCAGUACAGGCAGCUUGCACAGCAAAGGAGCUGCGUGAAAUUUUAGGUUUGAAAAAUGUCCGUAUUUGCAUCAAGGCAGCUGAUCUCGUGACCACACCUGCGGACGAGGAGGAGAUGAGGAAUAGUAGAAUACAAAGAAGAGUUUAUGAAUUGUUGUCGAAAACUGCGCAUGGGGGCAACAAUUACAAUGGCCAAAAGGAGCUUCAUUUUGUGUUUUUCAGGAAACCUAUCAGGUUCAUCCCUGCAGAAAAUGGUUCCACGGUUGGUGCUGUUCAACUUGAGAAGACAGUAUUAAAAGGUGAUGAAGUAACUGGGAAGCAGGUCGCUGCUGGAACUGGUGAGUUUGAAGACCUAAAAUGUGGUCUGGUCUUGAAAAGUAUUGGUUACAAAUCCUUGCCUGUACAAGGUUUGCCUUUCGACAAAAACAGAGGAGUUGUGCCAAAUUUAAGAGGAAGAGUGCUGAGCAGCGAAUCAGAGAUUGCGACAGUAGAAAGAGGCCUGUAUGUGGUAGGAUGGUUAAAGAGAGGACCAACUGGGAUUGUUGCAACAAAUCUCCACUGUGCUGAAGAAACAGUAGGUGGCUAGCAUCCUUGAAGAUGAUAAGAAGGGUGUAUUAAGGCCCCCAUCUGAUUCGACGAAGCAUGGAAGGGCAGGACUCCUUGAGAUCCUAGAGCGAAAGAAUGUCCGCUUUGUGCCAUUCAGUGGCUAGGAGUAGAGAUGGCAAUGGGUACCCGAAACCCGAAUACCCGACGGGUUUUACCCGAUAUGAAGGCGGGUACGGGAUGAUUUCUCUACCCGUGGUUAUGUUAAUGGGUAAAAACCUCUACCCGUUGGGUAGACGGGUACGGGUACGGGUUGGAACUACCCAUACCGUCUACCCAUGGGUAAAAUAUACCCGCAUCAAUACAACUAUAACCAUCUAAUAGAGCCCAUCUUAGCUAAAAUAAAACCCUUCUCUAGCUAUCAUUUAUCUAGAUACCAAGUUAUGUAAUCAUAUGAUUUGUUAUAUAUGAAGUCGAAGUUGUUUUUAUAUGUUUAUUUAAUA